GCUGGAGCACGGAGGUAUUUACAUGUGACGCACCAUACGGCUUUGGAGAACUUGUGGCAAUAUGUCUUUUACAGGUUACCUAGAAUUUUCUGCUAUGUUCACCAUUUAUUUAAUGAAUUAUCUGUCUUGGUAUAAGUGCUCUCAAUAGUAAUGUCAUACUGUUAAUAUAUUUCUGACCGUAUGUGUUUUUGUGCGAUAAAAUUGAAACUAAGCUAAGGUCAUAUUUACCCCAAAGACUAUUUUAACUCACCCUAGCAAAUACAAGGUACAUAAAAAUGUUUCCUACGAAAGCAAAACUUCUCCAAAGGCUACCAAAUUUAGGACGUACACUUAGGUGCUCACCUGUAUCAGGAAAAACACCUUAUUCCAGACUGGUUCUGGGUAUUGAGACCAGCUGUGAUGAUACUGGAGCUGCUGUGCUGGACGAGACAGGAGAGAUACUGGGAGAGUCUCUACAUUCACAGACAGAAGUUCAUCUCAAGUCUCCUAAACGCUGCAGGACUGGUGGUAUCAUCCCCCCAGUGGCUCAGCAGCUCCACAGAGAGCACAUAGGGCGUGUAGUCCAGGAGGCUUUGGACAGGAGCAAUGUGGAUCCAAGCCAGCUCUCAGCUGUGGCUACCACUGUGAAGCCAGGCUUGGCCCUGAGCUUGGGCAUCGGCCUGGAGUUCAGCCAGAGGUUGGUGAAGCAGCAUAACAAGCCCUUCAUCCCUAUCCACCACAUGGAGGCCCACGCCCUGACUGUCAGGAUGCUCCAACCUGUUGCCUUCCCUUUCCUGGUCCUGCUGGUUUCUGGUGGUCACUCGCUUCUUGCUGUGGCUCGAGGAGUCGACGACUUUCUGCUUCUAGGUCAGAGUCUGGAUAUAGCUGCAGGGGAUGCACUCGACAAAGUGGCAAGGCGUUUGUCCCUCAUAAAACACCCGCAGUGCUCCACUCUAAGUGGAGGACAGGCGAUAGAGCUGCUUGCAAAAGACGGCGACAGGACAAAAUUCCUUUUAACGACACCUAUGGGAAAAACAAAUGACUGCUGCUUUUCUUUCUCUGGGUUACACCAUCAGGUCACAUUGAUGAUCAAGAAAAAAGAGGCAGAGGAAGGUAUAGAAGAAGGGACGCUGCUAUCAUGUGUAAAUGACAUCGCAGCUGCCACUCAGCACACAGUAGCCACUCAUUUAGCAAAGCGAACGCAUCGUGCCAUCUUGUUCUGUAAGGCAAAUAACCUGCUCCCAUCAAGCAACCCCACUUUGGUUGUGUCUGGGGGAGUCGCCAGUAAUCAGUACAUCCGUAAAGCUUUGUCGAUCAUCACUGACAAGGAAGAAGUCAGCCUGCUCUGUCCUCCAGCUAAAUUUUGUACUGACAACGGAGUGAUGAUUGCAUGGAACGGUGUUGAACGCCUGAGAGAAGGGAAAGGAAUUCUACCUCCAAAUGUUGAUGUUUGCUUUGAGCCAAAGGCACCGCUGGGUGUUGACAUGAUUGCAGAGGUCAGAGCAUCUGGGAUCAAGCUCCCAUCGAUCAAGAUAAGAAUCCCCAACUGACAGACUCCAGAGAAGAUGGUGGUCACUCCUUGGUUUCAAAAUAGUGCACAUACUGUGUAUGUAUAAACAAAAUAAAAAGAUUUUUUAAAUAAAUUU